UGAGCUUUUAAAUUUCUAAAUGUUCAAGUCCAUAAAUUUCUAAAUCCAAGACCUAUACAUACGACCAUGGUUUUGCCUAUAUAAUGAAUGUAUAAAGUAAAAAACCAUGAGGUACAUAUGUAGUGUCACGAAAAUUACAAAUGUGCACACAUGUUGCUUUUGGUUACAAACGGUGCUCAAACCAAUCAGAGCCAACAUGCGCAGAAUGAACAAAAGCUCGUCCGAUGACGAGUAUUAUCUCGAAUAACACAUUCAAAUAUCCGGGUUGGAAUGUGUGACACUUCGGGUUUUAUAUUGCGAUAAGGUGGCAACCCUGAUCAGAGCAGACCUGCGCAGCAUGAACGAAAACUCGUCGUUCGGCACUACGGUUCUCUCGCUGAUUAAAGUAUACAUUGUUAGAGGAUACCACAACACGUAUUAAAAUCAGCGGUAUCCUCGCUGUGCGAGGUCGAUUUUUCGCGAUGGCCUCAACUUCUAACAGCUCGGUUCGAACGUUGAUGAACAAGGGCAAGCGUGAUGCAGCUGCUUAUAUCCAUGCAGAAUGUAGCAAUUUAGGCCCUGACAGUGGCUGCCCGCGACCUCUCAAUAAACUGUUGGAUGUUCUUUUAAAUCCUAGUAAAGCUAUCGAUGACUGGGAAACUAUCGACUGGUGUCAGUGGUUAAUGGCUGGUGGUCGUACGCCGGAUGAAUUUUCCAAUACAGUACGAAUGUACGAUAAUGCUACAACCUGUGGCCUGGUUUGGACUCCCAAUUUUGUAGCAUACCGUUGUCGUACUUGUGGCAUAUCACCGUGCAUGUCUCUAUGUACGGAGUGCUUUAAAAGGGGCAAUCAUUAUAGCCAUGACUUCAAUAUGUUUCUCAGCCAAGCAGGAGGUGCAUGCGAUUGUGGUGAUGCAUCUGUUAUGAAAGAAAUAGGAUUUUGUGAUAGACAUGGCCCAAAAGCUGCUGUAGACAAAACUGCUCCUUCAGAUCUGAUGUGUGUGGCAGAAGCAAUGAUGCCUAGAAUAAUUCUUCGACUUAUUCAGCACUUACGUGUACACUAUAAAGCAGGUGGCACAGAUUUUAGGCUCGUUAUCCAAGAUGCAGAUGGGUAUUUAAGCAUGCUUCUUGAUCUAAACAAAAUGGGUGCAUUAAUGAGGCAUGUUAUGACAUCUGCACUUACAAGUCCUCAGAAGUAUAGACGUCUUAUGGAUCCUUAUGUUUCAAGUGGACAGCCAGAAUGUGAUCCCUAUUGUCAAAAGAGCAAUCAAAUAUAUCAAGAUGCAAUGAAGUCUUUACCAAAUCCAGAACCACCCGAUGAAUAUAAAGAAUGUGCAUCAUUACAAGAGAACUUAGAACACACUACUUUCUUAGAAGAAUUAAUGUUCUGGACAGUUGCUUAUGAAUUUCCACAAAAAUUAGUUUGUUUGCUAUUAAAUAUGUUACCGGAUCCAGAUUAUAAAGAAGCACUUACCCGUGCAUUUGUAUUACAUUAUAGUAGAGUUUCAAUGAUGCUUGAACGUUCGCCGGAUCCUGAUACUUUAAGUAAUAAAGUAGUCCAUGUCAGUGUACAAUUAUUUAGUAAUGAAAGUCUAGCAUUGAGAAUGGUGGAUCAAUUAAAAUUGUUGCAUGUUAUGGUUAUUACUUUAAAGUACAUGAUGAGUAAGAUAUUAAUUCAGAAUACCUUACAUGAUCCAGAUAAAAAUUUUCACUAUGUAGUAGAUUGUGAACGGCAAGUGAUGAAGGAACAUUGUUAUUGGCCGAUUGUAUCAGAUUUAAAUAAUGUUCUUUCACAUAAGCCUAUAGCUGUUAGGUUUAUGAGUGAUGAUACACUUCUGGAAAUGUGGUUUGACUUCCUAUCCAUGUUUCAAGGAAUGAAUGUAAAUCAACGAGAAAUAAGUCAACACGUUGAGUACGAGUCUAACACGUACUAUGCAGCAUUUAGUGCCGAGUUAGAAGCCAGUGCAUAUCCAAUGUGGGCUUUAGUCUCACAUUUACGUGGACCCGAAAGUGCAACUCUUACUCGCAGAGUUCUUACGUUUUGCCUCACAGCAUUGCAAGAUUGGUUAGAUGCUAUAAACUUCACUCAUCCAAAUGUGAAUGAUAGUUUAAAAGUGUCGUUUCAUCUUCCACUUCAUCGGUACUUCGCUGUGUUUAUGUGUCAAGCUGUACGUCAACAAGGGGCUGUUCUGAAUGAUUUAUUACCACCCACUGAUAUGUUACAUCUCUUAAUGAUGCACCCUUUACGAGUUCAGGUCGCCUUCUAUGAAAUUCUAAAUGGAUUAUGGGUGCGCAAUGGAUUGCAAAUAAAGGGUCAAAUCAUGACAUACAUACAGUGCAAUUUUUGUAAUUCUAUGGUAGAUGCAGAUCUUUAUCUUUUACAAGUAUGUGCAACCAAGCUACAGCCAGAUGUCUUUCUAAAAGCAAUUAUUGAGAAGUUUCACAUAAAAGAAGAAAUGAGCCUUUGUUUGUACAGAACAUCUCAAAGUGAAUAUUUGAAUGCAGAGCAUGAAACACCUAUGUUGGAAAGUUUUUUAACAUUUUUAGCUAUAUUGGUUAAUGUUAGAACAAACCUAGGUUUAUCUGAUCCUGAAAUGUGCCGCUUAGAAAUGGUUACUUUAUUAUGCAUGGGUGAUAAAACUCAUAGUCAGUUGAUGGAAUUAAUGCCAGAGCGUUGUGGCAGUACUCAAAAUAGAGAUUUUGAAUCUGUCUUAGCUGAAGUAGCAGUAUACAGAGCACCUAAUCUUGAAGCUAGUGGAAAUAUGCAACAGGGAAUGUAUGGUCCUCGAACUCGUGUAUGGGAAGAAUUAUUUGAUCCUUUACAUGUCUUAUUAAGAGUAGCACAAAAAGGAGAUUUCCAAAUGUCAAUGGAUCGUUUUACCGAAUAUGUAAAACAAUCAGGCAACCUAAAAAAUAGUGCAACACCAUGGCCACCAUUUAGAAAUCCAGCUCCUGUUUCAUCUGCCUAUGAUGAUCCACGAAUUGUAUUAAGAUCUAGAGUUUUUCAUGCUAUGAUUUUAAUCAUUUUGUACAAAGCUGUGUAUGGACAUAACAUAUCAGAACAUAUAAUGGCGUUGACUAUUUAUUUACUGGAAAUGGCAGUUGUUACUGCAGAGAUACCUGAUAAAUCUUUAAAUCCUUUAUGUCAGUACAAUAAAGAUGAAUCACCGCGCGUGAUAAAAGAUAUGGAUUUAGCUGGUUGGUACAAGAAUGACAAUUUGUCGGAAAAUCUGAGGACAGUGAUAUCUAAAGUUAUUUUAGUAGAAGAAUCAGAGUCAAACAACUCUGACAGCGAAAUUGAAUGGGAAAUUCCGGGAGAAAUGACUGAAGUUGGAACUUCACUCAUGUUAAACGAUGCAACAGACGAACUUUCUUUAGAAGUUUUGGAAUCUUUAGAUGGUAUCAUCGUGCAUCGCACUCCCUUACCUGCCUUACCACAAGCAAAUGACCAGUAUCAUGUGACUAUUGUACCUGAAGAUGGAAUCGUUGCUAUAUCAGAUGCUAAUAGUGAAGAUGAUUUAAUAUCUCUGCAAAGAGCUUUGCCACCAUCCACCGAAGAAUCCAUGGCCCUUGCCCUUGAAUCACCUCCUUUACCAAACAAUAUCGGUGGUCAACCUGCAUUACCACCUGCGCCUCAACGACAUGCUGUUAUGGCUGGUAAUGAAAUAAUAGUGUCUACUCAAAAUGUCUAUUCACAAUUAACUAAUUCAAGAGUGACAACGACAGAAAUUGUUCCAUCUACAUCGAAUUCUCACAAACACUAUAGAAGAAGAGAUACACAGGGUGGAGUGAUGCUACCACAAACAGUAAAAGUGGGCGAGAGUAUAAUUUCGCUAUUACUGAAAUUACAUUCACAAUUAUCAGGUGUCCCAGACAGUUACAACCCCGAACAAAGUGCAAUGUCAGAUAACGAAGCUAGUAGUAGUACAGCUGCAGAACCAAAAGAAUCUAGAAUCGGUGACGGUCCAUUCUUCAUCGCGCAGUUACUUAACAAAAUAGCAGACUUGGAUCCAAUGUGUAAAGAUGCUAUCAAUGAAGCUAGAAGCAAACUAUGGCCACGUAUGCAAGAGUGUGAAGACAAACAACGAGAAAGGGAACAUCAAGAAAGGGAAGAGAGACGAAGGCGGGCAAAAGAAAGGCAGCAAAAAUUAAUGGCCGAAUUUGCCAGUAAACGAAAACAAUUUAUGGAAAAAGCAAUGAAAACAGAUGAAGCAGGAGUAUCUAGUAUGGAUUGGGAUCAAGAAGAAAAUACCACCAAAUUGACUAGCAAAAAGGAAUACGAUUGCGUUAUUUGCAAUCAGACUAGUCCUAGUACUGAAGAUAAACCUAUGGGUCUUGUUGUACUGGUUCAGGCAACAAGUGUUAUUGGUCACGAGCGACAGCAAACAGAAAGAUUAAUCUUGCCUACUUCUGAUGAAGACCCGCCUAUACCAAAGGAUGAUACUCGUGGUGCCUACUUUGAUCGCAGAAUGGAUGAACUGAAUCGCCAUUUCGAUACUAUUUCGUGGCUGUUAUCCGUCAAUUUAGGUUGGGAAGGUGGAGUUCACGUUCAAACAUGUGGACACCAUUUACAUUUAGAUUGUUUGAAGUCCUAUUUACAAUCUCUUCGUAAUCAACAAAGGCAUCAAAGUCUCGCGGUAGAUAGCGGUGAAUACCUGUGUCCACUGUGCCGACAGUUAGCCAAUUCUUUCCUUCCACUUUCUCCGCAAUUAGGAGAAUGUGCGGCAGUUGUACAAUCUCGUCACGCCUCUCCUGGUACGAUACUUUUGGAAUUAAACAAUUUGCUGAAAGAGAUACAACGAAAUCCAGUCUCAACGAAUUUAACCAUGGCAAUGGGCAAAGCCAUGGAGGAUAUGACGAGUUGCACAUACUUAAAGUAUAAGCAAAAGAACUGUUCCCCUAGUCACCAAAGUUUGUUCCUUUUUGUAACUUCUGUAGCUCGAACCAAUUUUGAAGUCGAACUCGUACAACGUGGUGGAUCGUUGUGUAUUUCUCCGCCCACUACGAUACCUUUGACACCAAAACGCGAUUGCAUUGUUGCACUGCUUCAUGUCUUGGCGAUGCAUGCAAGAGUAUUGGCAAUGUGGCCAGUACAUCAUACUUGGCAGCAAUUAUCCGGGUUACCUACUGAACCUGCAGCUCCACUUGCAUUAACCUUACACGAGCGCGAAGUUCCUUUGCUCCUCAGAGAUCCAACUGCACUUCUUAUACAGUUUAUAUUAUUGCUUCCCUUGCAUUUGGAUCAAACGUAUUUCUCUAGUGUAGUAAAAGUAAUCUACAACUUAUUGUACUAUCAGGUCAUAGUACAAAUAAGUUGUGGUCUCACACAAGCACAAAGAAAUACAAUUUUAAGGAGGGAAUAUGUCGAACGUGCUCCCAUGUCUUCAGAGACUAUACUUUACAGAAUAAUCGAACAUUUCAACGACAGUCCACUCUAUCGUUCGGAUGACAUUAUGUAUCAACCAUCAACAUCGACGUCUAAUUUUUAUGCGAUAAUUAAAAUGCAUAGUAUUGAGCAACAGAUACAGUCGAUGUGCUUACCGUUUCUGCGAAUAGCUGCAUUGCUCCGUUAUCAUUUGUACGAAGAACCAUUGCCUUUAGUUAGGACACCACAGACUGAAUUUGUGAGAUUAGUAUAUUAUUUGGAAUUAGUUUCGGAGGGUAUGGAUUGGAACGUCUUCAAUUCAACAGUAGCUUUGAACUGGCAAGAUUCCGAGGCUAGUGUUUCGGUACCUCGUUUAUGGUGUGACCAGUUUCUAGCUUUCGUGAAUCGAAGCGAUGUAGCCAGAAAUUUAAUAAUGGAGCAACACAUAUCAUGGCAGGUACCGAAAUUACUUAGUCUUCCAAGGGAAUACGAGAAGAUUUUUACGUAUUAUCACGAACGACAAUGUCGUCAAGGUCACUCGAUUCCUCAAGAGAUCAGUAUCUGUUUGUUAUGUGGUGCCAUUGUUUGUCUAAGACAAAACUGUUGCAAACAGAUGAAUGUAUGUGAAGUUGUUCAACAUUCAAUUGACUGCGGAGGUGGAACCGGUAUAUACUUAGUUGUAACAUCAACUUAUAUAGUUGUGAUUCGAGGUCGGAGGGUUUGUUUGUGGGGAUCUCUUUACCUCGAUGAUUUUGAAGAAGAAGAUAGAGAUCUGAAACGUGGAAAACCAUUAUACCUAAGUCAAGAUAGAUAUCAAUUAUUGGAACAACAGUGGUUAGCACAUAGGUUUGACCAUACGAAAAAAACAUGGGUAUGGCAUCGUGACAUACUGUGACAUUUUACAACGUUACAAAUUAAUUAUUUUCAAACAAGUCGAAGACUUUCAACAGGUUUAUUCUCAUACAAUGCCUCGCCAAGAAAUAACAGCGCUUUAAGAAUUAACAGAUUGCUCUAAUACUUUACGGAUAAUUAUAUUUAUUAUGAUACAAUGAGUAAGUAGACCAUAAUAUUGAAUGAAAGUAUUAAAAAAAAAACACUGAGGUGAGAGCUGAACUAAAAUUGUUUAUAGUCAUAUUUCGAAAGAUUAUAUCCGAAGAAAUGUAUGUUUUCAAUUAAACACUGUACAUUUUUAUUUAAGUAUAUAUAUAUAUAUAUUACGUCCUAAUUAAAACACUACUUAUGUAGCGUGUAGUAUUUCUACUUCAGACACGAAAAUGAUGAAAUUUCUUAAUCCAAGAUUGAUUAUAUUAGUAACUCAGAAAAUUAUAUCACUGAAAAUGAUAUCAUUUUAAUUAGUAGAAUUAUUUUCCUUAUUUUGUUAAAGUGGAUUAAGCUUAUUGUGUGCUUCUUUUUAAUAUAAGUGAGUAUAGGAAGAAGAUUCGUUAUGUUCUAUAAUUUAUUGCUACAAUUAUUUUGUUGAUUAUUAAGACCCCUAUUUUGUAUUCAAUAUUAAGAGAUAUAAUAUUCUGUUUUAUUUGACUCACUAUUUUAACGGGAAUACUACGGAGCAUUACUUGUAAACGAGAAAAAAAAUUAAAGACUGAUGUCUUUAUUAUAAGAAUUCUGUUUCAGAAUGAAUUUGAUAUUGAACUGAGCUCGACUAUAAUCUCUAUAUAAUUUAUUGCAACUCGUAACACGUUUGAACUAGUUUUGAAUUGUACAUGCAAAAGAGAAAGGUUGAUUAUGCAUGGAUUUUUAAUUUACAAGGUGAAGGGAAAAUUUCCACGUAUACGUUAAAAUUGGCAACGACGUUAUUCCAACGGAGAGUAAUUAAUUUUGUACAGCGAUAUUUUAGUCGUAACGAAAACGACAUAAAAAUUAUGUUGGAUAUAUUGAAUUAACAUGUUUUUAUUAUUAAAAAUCCAGAGUCAGCAGUGUAGUAAUAAGCGAGAUUGUUAUUAACACCAUACGAAUGUUAUUGUAAAAUUUUUUUCUUGUAAAAAUAGUGUUUGUGUUCUAACUUAAUGACGCGAAUUCUUUGCAACAGUUCACAUGAAACUGUAGAAAAUUAUUCGCAUAUUAAUGAACUCAUAAUUCAGACAAUAUUUGAUGCAUUAUUUUUCUGUAUGCAUAUUAUGGGCUGUGUAUAUGAACCUAUAAAACUCAUUUUAUUAAACGAAAUAUUUAUCUAACCGCUGAUUUCCUUUUGCACCAGAGUAUAACUGCUAAUUAAGAAAUUAAACUGUGGCAAUUGUAUUGUUGUUUUCGAAGAAGCAAUUUCAUUGUGCAACCUCUUGUCCGAAUGAAAUGUUUCUCUUUAAAACUUUAUUAUUGCAUAGCAUGAUACGUCAAUUUUUAAUACAACCUUCUAUCGACGAUUUAAAUUUUUUGUGAUACUGCGAGGCAAAAAAUUGCUUCUUCCAAGUUAUAGAUCAUUGUAAAUAUGUAAUAAUGAUAAGAGGCCACAUAUUAGGAUUACCAGUUAACUCAAAAUAAUCUGUACAUAGUUAAUUAUUUUUACGAAUGUCCGCUUAUAAUGUUAAAAAAUUUGCGAAUAAUGCGUUGAAAAGUGCUAAAAAGUAAGUAAUAAUAGUAAUUAUUAACUUUGUUCGAUGUAUAAAUAAAAGCAAUUCUAUAAAAUGAAAGUAUCCUUUGUGAUCUGUGAACAUUAUCUUUAUCUUCAAUUAUCUCGUAAGUUUUGUUUGAAGGAAAUAGAGAACAAUAGACAAUUAUUUAUUUUCUAGAUAAUUAUUACAGAUAUAAACAUGAUUGUGAAAUCAGAUAAGCUGAAUGAACGUAAAGGUAAUUUGAUCAUAAAGCUAGUAGUAAUUAUUACAGUUUCAUUUAUAUCAAAGUCAUCUGCCCUUAUUAUGAAAAUGGGUAGUCUAGUAUUUUAUAAUUAUUUAAUUAGCCUUAUCAUUCAACAAGUUCUACAUUUCAUUAAGGGAAAUAUUAAAGUAAUAAUUAUUAUACCUAUUUACUCCGCCUAAACGUAUCUACUUAAACUGUUUUUAUUAUUUAUUAAAACCUUAUUGUUAUUUGAAAGCCAAUAUUGUUUACAUACAUAACAGUGAAAAAAAAUA